AAAUAGAAUUAUAAUAACAUCUAAUUAAAACGCAAAGUUUACUGAUAAAAUGGAUAAUUAUGAUUUAUUUAAUUAUAAUUCUAUAACGUUUCCUGGUUCAUGACAACUAUGUUGUCAUGGUUAUUCGACAUUGAUCGAUUACACAGUGCCCGGCAGUGAUAAGUGAGGUUAAUCUGUCAUGUUUUUAUUUCUAUUUUGAGUAAAACAGACUUCUUCAUAAUGGAAGAGGAAGAUGAUACAGAUGGUAAAUUUAAAAGGUACAAAAUAAUAGUUUCGGGAUUAUUAAUUCACUUCUUAUUACUUUUGGCUGUAUUCGAUGUAUACUUUGCUAGUCCAAUUGAUCAUGGAAUGUCUCCCGUCUUGAGUACACUCAAUCCGCCAGCUAAAAGACUUGUACUUUUUGUCGCGGAUGGAUUAAGAGCCGAAGCGAUAUUCGGGAAGGAAAACGAAAAACUUGCACCUUUUCUAACUCAUGUAUUGAAAAAUGAAGGAAGUUGGGGACUAGCACACACUAGAGUACCUACUGAAUCAAGACCGGGACAUGUCGCAAUGCUUGCUGGAAUUUAUGAAGAUCCCAGUGCAAUUUUAAAAGGUUGGAAAUCUAAUCCAGUUAAUUUUGAUUCUGUCAUCAAUCAAAGUACUAAUGCUUGGGCUUGGGGGAGUCCAGAUAUAGUCACUAUAUUCAACAGAGAUAAAUUACCGAACAUUCAUAUACAUUCCUAUGAUUCGAGGAUAGAAGACUUUGGUAAAAAUGAUACAGGACUACUAGAUACUUGGGUGUUUCAAAAAGUAGACAAAUUUUUGAAGACUGAAAUCGCAACGUGCAUAAUAAACUGCAAACCAUAUUACGCACAAGGUAACAUCUACUUUCUCCAUUUACUUGGAAUUGACACAGCAGGACACGGGUAUAAACCUCAUUCAAGAGAAUAUAAAAACAAUAUAAAAUUAGUUGAUAGUAAUGUAGAAAGGAUCAGUAAAUUAUUUAAUUCUAUUUAUAAAGAUAACUUAACCGCUUUUGUUUUUACUGCUGAUCAUGGAAUGACUGAUUGGGGUUCCCAUGGUGCUGGAACGAAUCAUGAAACAGAAGUGCCAUUAGUAGCUUGGGGAGCUGGUAUACGCAAGAAUCACCUCAGAAGAGAUGUUAAUCAGAUAGAUAUAGCUCCGUUAUUAUCAUCGCUAAUCGGUAUUAAUAUCCCUAUAAAUUCUUUAGGUAUACUUCCUGUUGAUUACAUCGAUUCCAGUACUAAAAAUCUAAGAUUAAUGCUGUUUUCUAACGUAUUGGAAUUAGCUUCUAUAUUUGAUCGAAAACGUAAAAGAACCAAAAAACAUGCGUUAAUCUAUCUACCUUACAAAAACGUCGAUGAUGGAUAUUUGAAUGAAGAACUAUCAAAUUUGCUGGUUAAAAGUGAAUCAAUGAAUGAUGAUGAUAUCGAAACUGAGAAAUAUGAAAAAUUUAUGAACUUUCUCAUCGAUGGUAUAAAUUAUUAUCACAAUUAUUAUCAAUAUCCGGUGUUAAUAACUGUUAGUUUAGGAUUUAUAGUGUGGAUAGUGUUUUUAUAUGUGUCUAUUUUUGAUGUAAAAAAUUCAGAAGUGUACAAUAGGAGCAACAAGUUCGUUAUACCAGUCGUAAUUGUAAUCACUGUAUUAUGUGCUGUAAGUAAUUUUAAUUUUUCUUAUUACUUAUAUUUCAAUUUUCCAUUUUUAGCAUAUUUUAUAUUACUUAGAGAUAAAGAUUAUACUAAACUUCCUUUUAAACUCUCGGUAUCAGCUCUCCUUCAAACGGUAUAUUAUCUGGUAGGUUUGGAAUUGUUGGUGUACGGGUUUUUUAAUCGCGCCUCGUUUACUGUAGUUAUGAUUUUGGUUGCUACUUGGGUGACUGUGUCUAAAUCCCUUCGAGAUAAUUCAUCAAGAACGGAAAAAAUCUGUUGGAUUAUUUGUAGUUUAGUAUUAUCUGUAUUUCCGUGUUUACCUGUUAUGAAAACUGCUUUUAAUGUCCCCAUGUAUCUCGCUGGAUAUACGGGGUAUUUAAUAAUGUUUGCCAAAAUAUAUUUCGUUGAUUUAAAAUAUUAUAAAAAGUUAGAAAAUGUUAAUUUCCAAUAUAAUAUUUUGUUGGUACAGUUUUUCUUUUUGCAUUUAUCGGUUGUGUACAUUUUUUUGAUAGAGUUUCAAUAUAUUUCGUCCGAUUCCAAUUGGAAGUAUUUAUCUUGGUUGAUAACUUUGAUUCCUUUGUUAGUUAUACCUUUAACUGAUAGAUUUAUUGCAUUAAGACUAAUUUCAACAGUAUUUGGUUUCGCGCCUUUCUACUUACUAGUAUCUCCUAAUUAUGAAGUUUUGUGUUCUGUAUUUUAUAUAUUUUUGCUUUACACUUGGUUGUUGAUUGAAUCUAAAACAUUCCGAUACAAGUCUUCCCAUAAAAUUAUUUACUUUUUACGUUUCGAUAAAUACAAUAGUCGAACUUCCAUUUGCUCCGACGAUUUUAGAAGAGCCUUUUUGUUCAUGGCAUUUAUUUUCGUAGGAUUUUUCGGUACAGGAUAUAUAGCGAGUAUGAACUCCUUUGAUCCAAUGUGGGUUAGAGCUUUCCUCACCAUCUUCAGUCCAUUCAAAAUGAUGGGUUUAAUUCUUUUAAAAUUCACUGUCCCUUUCAUAUUUAGUUGCAGUAUUUUUCGUGCGAUUAAUGAAAUAGGUAAAUUGAACGUCAUGAAUAUAUUUUGUAUCAUUUUAAUUUUUUCCGACCUGAUGGUAUUACAAUUUUUGUAUUUGAUCACUAACGUCGGAUCUUGGUUAGAUAUUGGUAGUAGUUUGUCUCAUUUUAUUAUAAUGGAAGCUUUCGUAACAGUCUUAUUGUUACUCUAUGGAGUUGCUUAUCUUUUGACCACCGUAAACUAUCGUUUCAAAUAACACUACUCGACAAAAUUUAUUUUAUCACACGAAAACUUGUACCAAAAUUUUUAAUGUAGGGGAAACUCGGGCAAGACAAAUAUAUUAAGGAAAAUAAUAAAAAAUACGUAGUAGGAUGAAACCCAUUGAAAAAAGAGGAGAAUAUAAUGAAAAUAAAAAUAAUUUACGGGUGAUCUGAAGUGAGGAUGGGAAAGGGGCGAGUUUUUAAGGGUAAAAAAAUUGUUUAUAUCGAUUUAUGGCAAAACUACAAGUCCUAUGGAAAAAAGUCAAAUAGCAAAUUUGUAGGCAAUAAGAAGAUCUACAACUUUUGUAUUCACACUUUUUUCACAUAACCUCAAAAUUUAUAUGAAAAAUUAAAAAAAUCCAGUUUUUCGUUGAAAUUUUUUGAAAAGUUACCUUUUUAGGUCCCAUAUACACCGUAAUUUAUUUGAAACGAAAUGUUUAUUUUUUCGCGUUAAUUUGACAUAAUAUCGAAAAAGCACCCUAAUUUUCGAACGAAAAUUCUCCCGUCAAAAUAUCAAAUAUUUUGAAAAAGUUGGUGAAUGUUCUAUUUAUUAAAAUCUCUACUUCUUGAUUGUGUGAAAAAUUUUAUCAUCAUCAAAGUAAACUGUUUCAGAAAAGUCGAAAACAAUUUUUUUUUAAUCAUUACGUACAAUUUUGUGAGAUUUCACGUUACAUUGAGGGACUUGAGUAAUUAGAGUCUGGAAUAUGAUAAAAAAAUAUUUCUAAUCAACAAUAGUAUUUGCAAAUUCCUAAUAAAAACUGUGAAACUUCAACAUAAAUUUUUUAUUACAAAAAAUGUGUCUGUUAUCGGUUUUGCACGUUCCCUCCCCCAAUUCUCGUGUGCCCAUCUUUUGCAUUAGUUGCACUCUAUCCAAUUUUCUGUGGGAGGUUCUUCUCUCUCUUCUGCUCAUUUCAUCCCUUGGUAAUGGUUAAACCUCCGUCGGGCGAGCCCAAAAAAUCUUACAGUCGGGUUAUUUUUUUGGGUAAUUAUCUAAUUUUUGUUAUUUCUAAAUUGCUUUAUUACACACAAUUACUUAAAGACAUACUUGUAGUAAAUACACAUAUAAAUAAAUUUUUAAGUAAAGAUAAAAAAAAUAUGAGUUCAAUUCAGUGCACGCAAUAACAAAAAAAUUAUAAAACUUGACAAGCAUUCUUGGUAACAUCAAAAAAUAUCAUUCGAGCUCUUCCUCUGUUAAUGGUAGUUGCAGUAAACGAGACUGGUUACGAAAAAAGUUUUUAUUAUAAAAAUUAUUAUACAUUCGAAUGCUCCCCUUCAAUAUACUUCCUUCCCCUUGCCACACACCUCUCCAUACGUUUUUUCCAUUGAUCCAAGCAGUUCUGGAAGUCUUCUUUGGUAAGUGCCUUGAGGAGCUUUGGCGUUUUUUGCUUUACCGUUUCCAUCGACUUAAAUCGAGUCUCUUUCGAAGCGAAUCGUUCAAGGAAAUCUGAGUACAUCCGUUGACGCAAGAGCUUUUGGUCUGGAGUCAGAUUUUUUGAUACUUCGCACAGACUUUUGUCAUGUAAAAUUUUUCUAACCGUUUCUAUAUCGUCGUUUACAGCCUCGGCAAUCAUCCUGAUGCUCAUUCGACGAUCUAUUAUCGUACAAACUUUUUAUUAUAUUACAGACAUACUACAAAGGAAUGAUCAUGCUAAGGUACGUGUCCAUCUGAGACAAAACAGUCUCGAGACUCGAGUCGCAGAUGUAUAGAGGGCUGGAAGCAAUGCCGGACCGUUGUCCGUGAGCGCACCGAUUAUAGAUGGACACGCAUAUCCUCACUCUCGAGACUUAAGUCUCCAAUUUUCCAUUCGUGUUGGAAAAGUUUCAGAAGUCGUGGAGACUUAAGUAUUGAAAAUUUGUUCUUUAAAAUGAGAGAUAAAAGAGUGUGGAUAGACGAAUCAAGGAGCUCAUCUUUAUGAGGAGCAUGAGUUUUUAUGGAAUAUCCAACAUAUACCUAAUGUAUAAAAAUCGCUUUUUGACAAAAUUGUUACGGGAUUGAAGGUCAGUGGGAAAUCCACACUUGACGAAACCUUGUAUAAUAAUAAUAAUCAUCAUGUUUACCUGAAACCAUAAAUCGAAUUGUAACCAUUAAUCUGUCUUGAGGAGGAAUCGCAUUUCGAGUCUUCCUUUGCAAUCCGAAGUUUAACUAAAUCCUGAAGGUUUUCAAAUGCACUGCAAACGUCCGGAUUUCUUCUAUCCACCCAUUUUCUCACCCAACAGACAAUUUUUUUCACUCUCCGUUUUCGGGAAAUUUCGUAUGCCACAAUAAAAGCAAACACCUGACUUGAAUCCAUUUAUAGAAAUAAAACAAUUGUUUGUGUGAUUCGGUUAUUGACUUAAGACAUUUGUCUUUGUCUAUAUCAGUUGCGUAUUCAAUGCAUGAAGGAAUUUUUAUACUUUUCCGAUGUGAAACAAGUAACUUGAUCAAAAAAUUUUCACUUUCGUAGUAAGCUUUGUCUAACCAUUUCUAGUAGCUAGAGUUGUCGAAUAAGAGACAUUACUUUUGAUCGGUUCCCAGUGGAUUUUUAUAGUCUGUCGAUACUUUCCAAUAUAUUGCAAACCUCUGCAAAAAUUCCCAUCUGGCAACUUUGCUUUAAUAUACCGAAUAAGUUAGAGAAAUACCAUCGGAGUUAUAAACAUAAAAAUUCGUAGUGUCCAUAGUUCUUAUUAUUAAAUAUUUUCUAUUAUUGUCGGCAAUUCGAUGUGUAUUAAAAUUUGGUUAAGCAACUUGUUGGUCUGGAGAAGUUAACUAUCUUCUGUAUAUUUUGUACGUUUUAUAUUAUUUAAUAAAGUUAUAUUGUUGAAAAAAUUGUUUUAUUUCUGAUCGUAUGCUGUUUAAAAGACAAUUUAAUAUGCUUUAUUAAUCUAAUAUAUAAAAUUCUCGUGUCGCAGUGUUUGUAAUUGAACUCCUCCGAAACGAUUUGACCGAUCCUCGUGAAAUUUAGAAGAAAAAACUAUCAUUACUCUGAAUUUUUCACCUCUCUAAGAUCAACCCCUAUUUUUCCAUCGCGAUAUUUUUCAAGGGACCAGUUGAUGCGUGCCCCGAUUUAUUCAAAUUAAUUAGUUUGGCUCGCGUAUAUACACUCAAUCCAAGACAGACUGGAUGCUUUGAUCUGCGACUGUUGUUGGUUAAUGUCACCGGACAACUGUCAUUUCAAGAUAUACACGCCUUGCACUAGGCUUGCUAGAAGAUGACAAUCAUUGGGUCAGUCUGGAGCAGCAUUAAACUGCACAGAAACAAAUAUGUUUUGGGAUAAUCACAAAGAUUCAAUGACUGAUUGUAUCGACAUCGUACAAGGUAGAUGUGAUUCGUGAACUACAGUAUGAUGCUGUAGAAAUGGCAGGCAUUGUUUGUCCCAAUGUUCCACUAUUAAAUGAUGAACAAAAAAUUAUUUACGACCGCAUUAAGCUGGCAGAUUCGA